AUGCGAUUCCUAGAACUCAGUAUUUUGGCUCAGUUUGCCAUCUCAGUGAGCGGCCUAGCUAUCUUCGAGACCACCGGAGUUCGAUCCAAAAUAGUUAUUACGCCUGUCCCAACUCUGGCAAUCCCUAGACCGGAUGACCCUGGAUUAGAGGGUCAUAUGAACAGGCUCAACCUGGGUACCAAUAUCCAUGUUAGCAGAGGGUGCAUUCUGAUCAAUGGCUCAAAGCGCUGUGAGACAUUCGGUAGACCAUAUAACGUGAUGUAUCAGGGUAGUUCUGAAAACAAGGCUACCAUCUAUGCCAAGUUCGACGGUGAUAAAACCCCUGGCCAAGUGAAACCUGGUUGCAAGCUCACAGCAUCGUGGGAUGCGGAAUACUAUGAUCUGGACUUCACCAAUAACUGCCUUCAAGAUCGCAGUGGAAAGUAUAGCAAGUGCUGUGACGACACUACAACCACUGAUGAUCUCGUCAAUAACCCAUAUGAUCCCACGCUUUCAUGA